AUGGGCGCACCUGACACUUCUUUAGGGCUAAUAAAGGUCAUGGUACCAACGAUAAGGAAUCAACUACAACAACAGCGCAACGGUACUAAGGUGAAUGCUCAAGCUUUUAUAUUUUUCCUUAAAGAAGGGCACCCCUUAGCUUUAUUAUAUGCUGCAUUCGGCGCGGUGUACUCGCCGGCCCUCUUAUUGGCUCAUCUAAAAAAUGAGAACACUCGUUGCGCACCAUGUGAUUUUUCCCCAAUUGACCAUCGUGAGCUCUUUCGGUUAUGUCGGCUCGACUACUCCGGGAUUCUCGACGUGCAUCCGCUACUUCAAUAG